CGGUAAGCAAGCAAAUCGAAUCGCGAGCACCAGAUAUCAGCCGUGCGGAUUUUUUAAAGAAAAAUAAAUUCUUUCACGCUAAGAUUUGCGUGAAAGUCGGUUUAUAUUGUGUGUUAUUGUAUACAGUUCUUCAGCUAUGUGAUACGUACGAGUUUCACAUGAAAAGUGCUCAUUUUGUGCGUUUGGAACGGCGUCGGUACGGAUGGAAUGUCUCAGUAUUCAAAGUGUUAGACAUGAUGGUGGGGCGUGUCAACCUGCGCAUGACGCUGGGCGCGCUAUGCGUGCUGGUGCUACUCCUCAUGCUGUUCUGGAGCCGCUGCGGGGAGCUGUCACACCGGCCCAUUGGUUCGGCGCUGUCAAACGCGCAGCGCAACAUGGCCGCCGACACAAUCGAGUGCUCCAUCAACGGGGAAUACUCGGUCGCAUGUCGCCGCGACCAGGACGAAGUGUAUCUACCCUUCUCUUUCAUACACAAGUAUUUUGAGGUAUACGGGAAAAUAACAGCAACCGACGGCGUGGAGAAAUUCGAAUGGUCACACAGUUACAGCAAAGUGUACCAUCCGAAGAAGAAGUACGAUCCGCGGGGCACGUUCACCACUUUCGAGAACUACAACGUGGAGGUCCGGGACCGGGUGAAGUGCAUCAGCGGCAUCGAGGGGGUACCGGUGUCUGUGCAGUGGGAGCCCAGGGGGUUCUUCUACGCGACGCAGAUCGCUCAGUUCGGGUUGGCGCAUUACAGCAAAAACAUAACGGAGCCAGAGCCAAGGAGAAGGAUACUGGAGGACGGCGAGAAAUACACGGAGAACUGGAUUGUGAGCAAGGACGCGUACAUGGCGCGCGACUACGACGCCGGCCUGCAGACCAGCGUCAUGAGGUUCUCCACCUCCGACCACCCCGCCAGCCAGGUCUGGCUCAAGGUAAACGUGUCCCAAGACUUCGUGCUGAGCUUAGACCUGGUGAUGAAGGCAAACUCCUCGUUGGUAGUGGUGCUGCAGAACAAGGAACGUAAGGAGACGGUCUACUUACAUUAUGUCACCAGUCUCCAACUGAUCCACGCUUCGGGAGAGCACAUAUACUACGGCAUCGGCAUGGAGGCGCAAUGGCGGCGGAUCACUCGGGACCUGAUCGUGGACAUGCAGAAAGGCUGGGCUUUGCUGGAUAAACCCAAGAGGAAGUCGCCCAGGAACAAAUUCAAGAUGUCGAGCAUCAUCCUGAGCGGCGCGGGCGCCCUGGACAACGUGACGGUGUCGUCCAGCGAGCACAGCCGGCACUUCUUCGCGGCGGCGCGCUGGCUCACGCGCCACCAGAGCGCGCGCUCGGGCGGCUGGCCCAUCCCCGUGCGCCGGCGCAUCGCCGCGCGCGAGCUGCGCCCGGGCUGGUACUCGGCCAUGAGCCAAGGGCACGCCAUCUCCGUAUUAUCGCGUGCCUACUACCGCAGCGGGUCCGUGGAGUACCUGCGCGCCGCCAAGAGGGCGCUGCAGCUGCUGGACAUCCCCAGCCACGCGGGCGGCGUCAAGGCGAUGUGGAUGAACGAGUACGUUUGGUAUGAAGAAUAUCCUACUUCGCCAUCACUAUUCGUGCUCAACGGCUUCAUCUACACUCUCCUAGGUUUGUACGACCUUCACGUCCUAGAGGGCAAGACAACAAGGUCCCAGGCAAAAAAGAUGUUCGACGACGGCAUGACUUCACUCAAAACUUUACUACCACUGUUUGAUACUGGCAGCGGGAGUUUUUACGACCUUAGACAUGUGACACUCGGUGUUAGCCCUAAUAUAGCCAGGUGGGACUACCACGCGACACAUGUGAACCAAUUAUACCUUCUAGCCGGCUUGGACGACGACCCCAUAUUGAUAGAUACGGCGAAAAGAUGGGAAGGCUAUAUGCAGGGGAAACGCGCGGCGCAUAAUUGAACCAGAUGACGUCACUGAAGUGUUCUGACGUUUACAUUAUGCGCGGGUAUUUCGAAUUUUGAAUUUCAUUCGAGUUUGGAAUUGACGCUUUGUUCAAUACCGAUAUUCGAGUCGAAAUUUCGACUCGAAUUUUUGAAUUCGAUUCACGUGUUCGAAAAUGAUGCUGGCUGAUCUAUAAGGUGGCUAGCUGAGGUGGGCUCAAUUUUUUUUUUAUCAUUGAUGAGAUGGUUUUUUCGCGCGUAAAUAAGAACGUAUUUUCAAUUUCAAAGUUUUCACUUUUCAAUGGAAAUGCCAUCUAAUUAUGAAAAUAUACUUUAAUCAUUAGUAACAAUGGAGUAGCAGGAAUGAUAUAAAAUUUAAUAACUGCUUAUUCCCGGAGUGCGAUUAGUGAAAGAAAGUUAUGCACGUACUUAAUAGAAUUAAAAAAUGUAUAAAAUUAGUACAAUUUAUGCCUUGUUUUGAAGAUUAAAAGCAAGAUUCUAGUCGCGUUUAAAAAAUACAUUCAUUGAGGCUAAAUUUGGCAUUCUACCUUGAAGUUAGUGUUAUAUAAUAGGUCAAAUUAUUAGGCGAAAUGAGGGUAGAUGGAUGUGACUUGAAUAAAUGCACUGAAUACUUAGCAAGACACGUUAAAGACUGUUUUAUGAUUGAUUGAAAUAACGUUUAUCUGUGUAUGCUGUUGCAUUAUGUACUUAAUGACAUUAAUAUUACGGAUAUUUUUAGUUUAACGUACGUAUAUAGAAAUGUCAUAUCAUUGUAAAUAAUAAUUGUUUGCGUACGACGUUUUAAUUAAUCUACAUUUUUAUUUAUGUUUUAAUUUCUUGCCAAUAUUAUUUUACUUUUUGUUGUUUGUCAAACACCUGUUAUUUUUAUCUCACUUGACAUUUAAUAUUAUGUAGUUUGACGUUCGCCUAUAACCUAGGCCUAAUAUCUGAAUUUCUGAUAAAUAGUAUUAUUUUAGUUUUUAACACAAAACAGAUAUUUAGAAGAAUAAGAUUUAUAGUUUAUUGUGGCAGUUACAGUUAAAAUAUAUACAUAAAUAAAGGUCUUCGAAAUGUUUAUGCCACUUCUGAUAAAUAUCUAUUCUGUGAUUUUUUUAAACAUGUUUAGAAGCGUAUCAUUUCCUAUUCAAUUUAGUUGACGCUAUUUUUCGGUCUCUUGUAAUUAUAUUACGAAUAAUUUAAUAUCAAAAUAGUAUUAUAAAUGACCUAAAACUAUCUUAUAUUAAUGACAAAUAACUAAUUAUAGUAACAAACUUAUUAGCAAAUUUUCAAUGUGUUUAUAUGUAAUACACAAAAUUGUAUAUAAAUGUUUUUACUAUAAGUAAAAUUUCAACAAUCUAAUAUGCUUACAUGUAUGUACGUACAUUGAGCCACAUAGGAAAGUAUACACUUUAUGAAAGUGGAUAAGAUACCAUUCUAUGUAGCCCACUGUAAAGGGAUUAAUACAAUUUGGGGCUAGCUCAAUCAUUGUUGAUUGCCCUUAAAUAUUCAUUUAAUAUUAAUUGAUAUUAUUCAAAGGUUUGACCAUGAUUCAAACUGGGUAAGGUACCAAGGGUCAUUAAGACAGACUGUAUUCUUGUUAUUUUACCCGAAAGAAGUUUACAGUCUCUGCCUUUCCCAGAGGGGUCUCUGGGAAAGAGGUGUGAUUUUAUGUAUGUUUAUCUUAAGUGAAGGUCACAUGCGGACCCUGGGCUCUUCUCAAGACGAUGAUCAUUUCAAUGGCAAAUCAGCACAUAUGGCCCCAAUAUUUGUGUAUUUUGAGUGAUAUAUACAGGGUGAUAUUUAAAACAACUGCAUCCUUUUAAACAUAGACUAUACCUAUGCUUCUGAGCUGUUUGAGCCUAUUUUUAUUUAAAUUAAACGUCAUCAUUUUCACAUUUAAAAAAACCUCAAAAACUACGUCCAAGCUUUAUUAAAUGCCAAUACUACAAAAAGAAAUUAAAACUAAACAUAUAAAUAAAUGUCUGAAAAAUAAAUUAUUUUUCUAGUAUCAAGAUCAAGUAAAGUACAGAGUUGUCGAGAUCGCUCAGCUGAAUGAAUUGUGUCGUUGACUUCUGAAUCUUACGCGUCGCUUUUCCGCCGGCCGGGGUGAUAUGACGUAUUUAGGAUCGUGGAUUUUAAUACUUUUAAUUUUUUUCGUACUUUCUGAAAUAUGAACCGAUAUUUUUAUUUUAACGUUUUUAUAUAUCCUUUAGAUGAGUACACUUAACAGUUAAAUUUAUGCAGUUGAGUUAAAAGUCAACCUGUAUAUAUACCUUGCCUAUUUCAUUUAUCUUUUGUCGAUAGGCUGUGAGCCAGAGCACAAGUUUUAUACGCAAUUUUCACGUCAAUUUCAUAUUGCACAAUGUUUGAAAAUUUUUUCCAAUAGUCUUAUUGACGGUAGUGUAGUGAGUCUUCAAGUUUUGUAUUUUGCCUUCAUCAUCUUAAAUGCGGUAGACAUUUUGAUGUCAAAUCUGUGUAGAAAUUAUAUUUAUACUUUGAUGUAAACGCAUGGAACUAUAUAGCAGAAUUUGCAACUCGACAUUAUCGUAUAAUCGUUGGAGAAAAUCUAGCGUGUUACCGUGCAAAACCGGGGCAGAGGUUUUAGUAAUUGAUCAGUAUAAAAUUCAUUAUCAAUACACGAAACUAGAAACGUUUUAUAUUUCUAGUCUUAAAUUUAUGCCAUUUAAAUUUACGGGAUCCAAUGUGGAGGUGGACCUUUAUGGUAGGUUUCUAAAAAAAUGAACUAAGCCCCGCAAAGUCCAUGUAUUUAGGCACCGUAAUAAAGGUAAAAAAUAAUUAAUACGUUUUUUCGUGAAAACAUAAAAAUUUAUUUAAUUUAUGACCAUGAGAAGCUACAAUAUGAAAUAAUAUGUUUCAAAAUGAAUUAAUUUUGGUAUUUACCAUAAUCACAAAUGUAUUUUUUAAUAAAAAGGCGUAUCUGCCCCUGUAGUAUCGCGAUGACGAUUUUACCGCGCGAAAAGCUAUCGCUGUCCCGUUUUACUUCAUAAUAAAAAGCGAUAGUUUAUCGCGCUACCGGGGCAGGAUGUUAACCUUUAUUUUAGUGUCUAAAGAAAUGGACUGUACCUACCAUUAUAGCUUUCUAAUUUAUGAAUAAUUAUUUAGAAAAUUGAAAUAUCGUAGUCCCGGAUUUACACUUUUAAAAUAAUGUUCUAUAUUCUACGAAUGCUUGGUUGAAUGGCAAUUUCAAGUACAAAAAUGUAAUCUUAUCUAAUUAACGAGACUGUAGUGUGUACAUCUAAGAGAGUGUCAGUGAGACGUUUUCUGCAUAUCAAAAUACCCUACAAUUUUAUUAUGUUCAAGUAUCUAUUUGCUUUCCGUGCGCACAGGAAAAUGGUCUUUAUUGUAUUUAAUUGUAAUUUGAUUUCAUUCUAACUAUUAUUUCUAUUUAAAGAAUUCUAUUUUAUUUAUUAAACUUCAUUAUCUUGGGCUUUAUCUAUAUGCAAAAAGGUUUAUGUUUGAAGAAUGAGAUUCUACAAUUUUAAUACUUUUUUUUUAUAUUAUGGAAAUCUUUUUCGACAAAGUAUAAAAUAUCUACUUAUUUAGGCUGAUAAAUUUCUUGCCAAGAAGGUUUAAAGAACCUUAUACUAUUUCAAUAGAUACCAUUUUUCUUGUCUAUGUGUGUACGAAAGCAAAUAAUCCUUGAAAGCCUUUCGUAAAGGUCUUUAGAAACUAUUAGUAAACAUUCCAAUAUAAAUGAGCUUAUUAAUAAGUAGUUAUUGUAAAUAAUUCGUUAUUUGCCUAUUUAUUGUUUUAAUUGUUGAUUUUUCUGACGUGUGAGAGUUUAUUGUAAAAUAUGGACUUGAACAUGUAAUGAUUGUGUUUGAACGACAUUUCAUUUUAGGUUGUUUUACACCAAUCAUACAACUUAACGCUCUCAUUUCCACCGCCUUUAUUCUACUUUCGUGCUUCUUGUGCCACACUUAACUUUCACUCCCAUACAAAAGGGUUGUCUCCCAUACAACGCCAGGCGAGUCUUUUUGGACAAUUUUUGACUGUUCAUAAUAGCAUGCAACGCUCCAUUCACCAUGUUCCCGGUAUUCACUCUUCUUUCAACGUCACUAUCACACUUUACAUCUGCUGAUAUUAUUCACACUUGAUAAAAUUGAAAUCAUUGCAUUUUUAAGUCCAUACAAUCCAUAUCUGUAUGUGUGUGGAUAUCGUACUGAUAGCUGUGUACAAGAAAACCCUGUAUCUAUAACAUGAGUAGGUGUAGUGUUAGCGAAUGCACUUGUGAAUGACAAUAAACGUCUCCA